AGCAAAGAAGAAGAAGUAGGGGCAGACCUGCCCGCCAAUUUCGAAGGAUGUAAACAGUGUCGUCCCUCUUCUUGAUCGACAUGCUAUGAAGAAAGUUAAUUUAACUACAUAACGGCGAAUAUUUCUUUGUCAACAAUGAAUUCCAACGGAAAAGGAUCUGGCGAUUCAACCCAACUUGCUGCCAGUGGUGACAGCGAUUCUAUCAAAGUCUUUGUGCGAGUGCGUCCUCUGACCCAGGGCACCGGGCUGACCACAGAUGGAGAUCAUAGUCUGUGUCUCACAGUCACCUCACCGAACACCAUUCGUCUGCUCUCAAAACCAGAGCCACGAACCUUCACCUAUGAUCAUGUCGCUGACAUGGACACCUCUCAGGACUCUGUGUUCUCCAGUGUGGCCAAGAAUAUUGUUGAGUCAUGCAUGAAUGGAUACAAUGGUACUAUUUUUGCCUAUGGACAAACAGGCUCAGGGAAAACAUUUACCAUGCUUGGACCAUCUGAGUUGGAUAACUUUACAGAUGAACUGCGGGGGGUUAUUCCUCGAAGUUUUGAGUACCUGUUUUUCCUCAUCAACAGAGAAGUGGAAAGGUCUUCCCAGUCCAAGAGUUUCCUUUGCAAAUGUUCAUUUAUUGAGAUAUACAAUGAACAAAUUUAUGACCUCCUGGACACAGCCUCAGCUAGCCUUUUUCUCAGGGAGAACAUAAAGAAGGGUCUGUUUGUUGAGGGAGCUGUGGAGAAGUUUGUCAACUCAGCUGCUGAAGCCUACCAGGUCCUGUCUAUGGGCUGGCGUAAUCGUCGAGUGGCCUCCACCUCCAUGAAUCGUGAGUCUUCAAGAUCUCAUGCUGUGUUCACCAUGACUUUGGAGUCUAAGGAGUCCAUCAAUGAAGUGGUGAACAUCCGAAUGUCUCAGCUGAACCUGGUGGAUCUGGCAGGGUCUGAGAGGCAGAAAGACACACACACAGAAGGUUCCAGACUCAAGGAGGCCAGCAGUAUCAAUCGCUCCCUCAUGUGCCUCGGUCAGGUGAUCAUGGCAUUGGUGGAUGUGUCCAAUGGGAAGAACCGCCACAUCUGCUACAGGGAUUCAAAACUCACCUUCUUGUUAAGGGACUCUCUUGGAGGAAAUGCAAAGACUUACAUCAUAGCUAAUGUACACCCUGGAUCAAAAUGUUUUGGAGAAACAUUGUCUACUCUGCAGUUUGCCCAGAGAGCAAAGCUGAUCAAGAAUAAGGCCAUUAUCAAUGAAGACACCCAGGGAAAUGUGAGGCAGUUACAGGCUGAAGUUAAGAAGCUGAAGGAGCAGCUUGCACAGGCUCUUGCCUCUCAGGCGAUUGACUAUGGGAGAGAUGUAGCACCAGGAGGACCAGAACUCCACAUGGGCCCAUCCAUAGAAAGUCAGCAUGAUGUCUCAUAUAAGGCAAAGUUUAUGGCUGCUGUUCGUCUGUGGCGGAACCGAGAAGAGGAGAAGAGGGUGCUGCUCAAGAAAGUGGCUCAGCUGGAGGAGGCCUGGACCCAGAAAGACAAAUUCAUCCAUUCCAGCCGCAUGAUUGUCAGGUUUCGAGAGGACCACAUCUCUCGCCUUGAGAAAAAGAUGAAGGCAGGACAUGACUUACUGUCAGACAAGGAGUCGCAGGCUUACAUCGACCAGCUGAAGGAAGAGAUUAAGAUUUUAAAAGAUCAGGUUGAACAUCACCCAAAGAUGACUCGAUAUGCAGCGGAGAACUUCAGCCUCAGGGAGGAAAACCAUCAGCUUCGCUCCCUUGAAUCGGUGGUGAAUGCUCAAGAGGCUGCAGCCCAAGUUGCUGCUGAGCUGGAAGAGGCCUUCCAGAGGGCUAUGGAGACAGAAAAGCUCACAGAGACUCCAGCAGUCUCUUCGACACCUGUGGCUGCAGACACCGUCUCGGCCACUGCACAUGAGAAGCUGAAGGCUCAGCUGCUUCAGAAACAGUCCAACCUCACAGCAGCCCUUCAGGCCUUUGAGGAGUACAAAGAAGUCACCAAUAAACAGAUGUCUCAGUUGGAGUCUGAGAAAAGAUACCUCGACAAGUCCAACAGGCAUUUGGAAAACAUUCUGGAGGCCACGAACACUUACAAAAAACAAGAAGUCUCUGAGCUGAACAGAAUUCAUGUUGAAACUAUAAAGAUUCUCUCCACGCCCACCAAAGCGUACAACUUGCGGUCCCGUCUUGUGUCUCUCUCCAGCCCAGACCACUUGAAUGGCAUGAACAAUAAUCCAGAUGACAUUUGGGCCGAGGAGCCUCCUUCAGACAUGACUGAAAUGGCCUUGACUGAAGAACUGCGUCAAGUACAGGAGCAAGCGAGUCGUGUCCAGACACAGUUGGGUGAGGAGGAGAUAAAGAACAGCAAGCUGUUGCAGCAAAUUGCAAAACUUGAGGAGCAGAUCGCUGUGAUGUCACAAGAGUCUGACCGCAAGGAUGAGCAACUUUCUACUGAGCGAGCUAACAGGAACAAAGAUCAGCUCAACCUGCAAGAAACUAUCAGCAACCUGGAACAAAGCCUUCAGUCUGAACAGCAAGCUGCAGAAGUUUUGAGAAGUGAGAUUCGUGAUCUACGCCUGGUGCUGCAGUCGUCCGAUAAGGAGCUGGCCACUGUGAAGAAUGAGCUGAAAGACGGCCAGAGCGAGCAGCAGAGAGAGAUGGGCCAGCUCUCCAGCAGUCUGAUCAGCACACAGCUCCAACUUGACAAAGUCCAGCUGGAGUGGGAGCAGCUUCUGGAGCAGCAUCGGACACUGCAGGAUUCUUUUGACCAGCUGCAAGCAGAGGCCAAGUUUGAAGCUGAUCAGGCAGGACAGCAGCUGCAGGACAGACAGCAGGAGAUUGAUGAACUGAAGGCAAAGAUUACGGAAUUAAGUAGUUCUUUGCAAAUUGAACAAGAGCAAACAGGCACCCUGAUCACCCAGUUAAAAGAAAACAAAGAAAGCACAUCAAAAGAACUCAUUGAAACCGUGGAGCAGAAUACACAGCUUAGAAAACAAGUCUCAGACCUGACGGCACAAAAUCAACAACAGGUGUCCAAACUUGUCAGUCUUGAGCAAAAUCUCACCUCUGCCAAUGAAAUCAUAAAAGGCUUGGAGCAGAAGACUGAACAGGACAAAGAUGUUGUUCUAGAUCUGAUUAACCAAACCAGAGACCUCCGCAGUGAACUGAGUCAGAAGGAUCAGACCAUUACCCACCUGUCUGGAGAUAUCAAAGACAUCACAGCCAAGUACAAUGCUGCCUGCCUCGAACGGGAGGAUAUCAGGGAGCAAAACUCCAAGAUGCAAACAGAAAUCUGUGACUUUAAAGAAAAGUUAGACAGGAAUGUGGCAUCUAACAAAAUAGAGGUUGAGGUGUUGCAGGAGGAGGUGACUUAUGCCACAGAGGAAGUUGAAAGACUCACAAAGGUCUUAGAUGAGCAAAACCGCCUCCUCCAAGCAUCUCAGGAGCAAACAACCCAGAAAGAGGUCAUGAUACAGAAUCUACAGCAGAAGAUUCAACAACAACGGGAAGCUGUUGAAAAAACGAUCAGAAAUGGAAAACCUGUAGAGUCAACACCGAAAUCAUUACCUCGGACUCCCCACACCCCAGGAAGCUUCAACAGGAACCUGACCGAGGUGUUAGAGAGCCAGGAGAGGGAGCUGGAGAAUCGACGCUCCUCCAUGAUGACCAUGGAGAUUCUUUUAACAGAGCUGAACGCUGAGAGAACUGCCAAGAAUGAGGAGAUCCAACGGCUGAAGACGCAGCUGACUGAGAAAGAGAUGGUUCGAAUGGAGAUUCAGGCUUUGCUUGACCAGUAUUAUACCAAAGAGAACCAACCGACACAGAAUGGAAAAACAAAUAGCGAGGUGAUGAUUGAAAGUAUUAAGCAGUCCAUACUCAAAGAGCUGCAAGAGGAGAGAGAAGAGAAGGGCAAAGUAUCGCAGAAGCUGUCUGACACUCAAAAACGACUGCAGGCACAGGAGUCAACGUUGGCCCAUUCUCAGACCUGUGUUCAGCAGCUGACCACUGAGCUGAGGGACCGCUGUAUAGAGUUGAGAGAGCUGAGGCAGAGGGUACAGGAAGAGGACAAGUUGCUCCAGGAGAAUGAGGUUCUCCGUAAGCAGAAUGUUCAGCUGUCAGAGGAGAACGGAAAACUUGUGGGACAUAAGAACCACAAACAGAGGAUUGAAUAUCUGGUGAAGCUAAAGAAGGACAACACCAAACUUCAGGAGGAAAAUGAAAAGCUCCGAUCAGAGAUCAGCUUAAUGCGAGACAGCAAUGGAUGUCUGGCGCUGGAGAUGCUGUGAAUCUCUAAACUGUUUGUAUGGAGGCGGUUUUUCCCCAAAGUCUUUUUAUUUUUUUAAAUUCUUUUCUAAUUCUUUUAUCAAACAGAGUUGACUUGAUCAACCCUUUUAAUAGUGUCCAGUACAUAUACAUUUUGAUACAUUUUGUCUUUUCAUUGAGGGAAUCUGCAUUUAUAUUUCUCACAUGUCUAUAAGUGUUUCCGGGAGGCGUACUGUACCUGUUCCAUAGACCUGUCAUUACAAGAGUAGGGACAAACCAGCUGUGAUUUAACAUAUUAAAAAUACAAACUUCCUUUCCAGGUCUUGUUGGGUUGCUUUUGAUGUACUGUAGUAUAUCUAGUCACACUUUUUUCAGACUGCAUGGUAAAAACAAUGCUGAAUAUCUUAAUGUAAAAACUGUGACUUUUUAUAUGUUCAUAAUUUUCGGUGCUAAUUUCUGAUGCUGUGAUUGACUGAACAUCUGAGUUGUAUCCACGGUAUUACGCUGUAUUUUCCCCAGCAUACUGAGGUGUAUCACAAUUGUCUUUUUCCAAGCAUAAUGGACAUUUCUUUUUUUUUAAAUACUGUAAUUAAAAAUACUUUUGCUACCUCUU